AAGAGAGGGCAGCCAUCAGAAGAAACGAACCCAGGCACAAGGGCCUUUGGCCCACAUAUACAUUUUCUUUGCUCCUUUUUUAAAAAAUGAGCAAUCACUGGAACAAGUAAAGGGUUAAUGAGCCAGACAUUGCCCCGCCCUGUGGGAACCGGAGGGAGCAGGUUUGAAAGUUCCUGUGUGCAGAAGGGGAGGCUGGGGGGUAGGGGGCGUUAAAUAUUUCUGCAAGGCUCCCGCGCCGCCAGCGAUGCGGCGGGACCGGCUGGCCGGGCGCGCGGCCCCGUUCCGUGCCUAAGAGUUGGCCGUGAGCGGUUGCCGGCGCCGCCGCGAGCCUGGGUCCAGGCUUUCCCAGCAAGGAAUCCGACGCGAGAACACCGGGUGCCGCCGCAGGGCCAGGGAGGGACUAAAAUCAGCUGGGAAGGCGUUUUCCCCUGGGCUGUUACCCUCGAGGACCCUGAGCCGAAGCGGGCGAGGGCGAGGGCGAGGGCGAGAACGGAGUUGGAGAGGUGGCAGCCGCCAAGUUGCACGGGGCGUUGAGGCAUUUGCUUUCCGCACUGUUUAUCUAGCAGACGACGAGGCGAUUUAUGCAACAGUAUCCUGUUUCAGCACUGCCAAGGCUAUGCGAGAACGCGGUCCGGACAGCCUGGCAGGACUCGUGCUGUAUGUAGGACUCUUCAGGCACCCCGGGAUGCUGCACAGGGCCAAGUAUAGCCGCUUUCGGAACGAGUCCAUCACGUCCUUGGACGAAGGCAGCCCCGGAGGCUCGGGGGGGAAGAAGGGCUCGCCACAGCCUCCCUACCCCGCCCUGGCACCUCACCUGCCGGCUGAAGAUGCCACCUUGGCGUCCCAGGAGAGCCCCACCCCACUGUGCACCUUGAUCCCUCGCAUGGCCAGCGUAAAGCUGGCCAACCCAGCCACCUUGCUGAGUCUGAAAAACUUUUGCUUGGGUACCAAAGAGGUACCUCGACUCAAGCUCCAGGAAAGCCAAGAGCCGGCUCCCAGCAGCCCGGCUUCCCCUGAAACCAGUCUGAAUAGGGCCAUGCCAGCACCUCCGCCUCAGCGGGAUGCCCUGGGGCACAGGGCGACCUCUUUAACUCCUGAUGCCUGCCCCCUUCCCGGCCCUGGGGAGCCAACCCCCGGGAGCAGGCAGGACAAGCACUUUCUGCAGCACCUGUUGGGGAUGGGCAUGAACUACUAUGUGAGGUACAUGGGCUGUAUUGAGGUGCUGCAAUCAAUGAGGUCACUGGAUUUUGGAAUGAGAACCCAAGUUACAAGAUUCUUUUCCCAUAUAGCUUAUUACAGAGUAUUGAGUAGAGUUCCCUGUGCUAUACGGGAAGCAAUAAGUCGCCUGUGUGAAGCUGUCCCCGGGGCAAAUGGAGCCAUUAAAAAGCGAAAGCCUCCAGCUAAGUUCCUAUCAACAGUUCUUGGCAAAAGUAAUCUUCAGUUUUCGGGAAUGAAUAUAAAACUGACCAUCUCAACAUGCAGCCUCACAUUGAUGAAUCUUGACAACCAACAGAUUAUUGCAAAUCAUCAUAUGCAGUCUAUUUCAUUUGCUUCUGGAGGGGAUCCGGAUACUACAGACUAUGUUGCCUACGUAGCUAAAGAUCCAGUUAAUCAACGAGCCUGCCACAUAUUGGAAUGCAGCAAUGGAAUGGCCCAAGACGUCAUAAGUACCAUAGGGCAGGCUUUUGAACUCCGGUUUAAACAGUAUUUGAAAAAUCCUUCUUUGAAUACUUCUUCUGAAAGUGAGGAGGUGCACGUUGAUGACCAUACUGAGGAGAGAGAAGAUCAUGAGUAUUACAAUGAAAUCCCGGGCAAGCAGCCACCUGCAGGUGGUGUUUCAGAUGUACGGAUCAAAGUUCAAACCACAGAACAAAUGGCUUACUGCCCCAUACGGUGUGAAAAGUUGUGCUAUUUGCCGGGAAACUCCAAGUGCAGCAGUGUGUAUGAGAACUGUCUAGAACAAAGCAGGGCAAUAGGUAAUGCACACGAGAGAGGGGUACAGUCCCAAAGAGACACGUCAUUGAUGAAGCCCGCGUGCCGAGUGGAUCUCUUCGACGACCCCUGCUACAUCAAUACGCAGACUCUUCAAAGCACGCUGGGCUCUGCCGGAAAUCAAAGUCCAGCUCACCCACUGGGGACCCCAUGGUACCGUGAAAAUCUACAACGUAUUAGCAGUGUGACUUUGGAGGCACCAGAAACUGUUCAGCCAGGUGCCACGGCCCAGCCUGCCAGCUCACAUUCUUUGCCACACAUUAAGCAGCAGCUGCGGAAUGAAGACUGCUACCACGGCAAGCUGAGCAGGAAAGCAGCAGAGAGCCUCUUGGUAAAGGAUGGGGACUUUUUGGUUCGAGAGAGUACAACAUCUCCUGGCCAGUAUGUGCUGAGUGGGCUACAGGGAGGCCAGGCAAAACAUCUUCUCCUGGUGGAUCCCGAAGGCAAGGUGAGGACCAAGGAUCAUGUAUUUGAUAAUGUUGGCCACCUUAUCAGGUACCACAUGGAUAAUAGUUUGCCAAUCAUCUCUUCUGGAAGCGAAGUAAGCCUUAAACAACCAGUGAGAAAAGAUAAUAAUCCAGUACUUUUGCAUUCCAACAAAUGACAGUAUGGAAGUACCGUCACACUGAUACUUCAGGAAAGUCCAUUUUGUAUUAGGACACAAAAAUAAUUCACACUUGGUUUCUAGAUAAAUUAGAGCACAAACUGCGAAGUGUAUCUUUCUGAGACCAUCAUGGACUAGGUCCUUUAUAAAACAAAGAACUAACAAAAAUUGAUCUUCAGAAAGUGAAAAUCAGAAAAGGGGAAGAGGAUGGGUCCCUUUGAAAAGAAAGUAUACAUAUGCACGGAUGUCACUUUUUAAGGCCAUAUUGCAUUGAUAACAAACUAAAAAAAGCACAAUUAAAAUUUCACGUGCUGAAGACAACUUGAAUGAACUGCUGGGGCAGUGGUAUGUGCCUUUCAACUUGAUAAUUUGGGGACAUUUUCAUAUUGGGGAGAUUAGUUCUAAAUGUCUUCAUAUUCUAUAACUAUAAAAACAUUUGCCAAAAAAGUUUUUCCUUGUUAUAAAAAUAAGAAGCCAUUUGCUUAAUAGUUAUUGACUUUAUUACAUUUUCUGUUUGGUAACCCUUUCACCUCAGUGUUAAAAUAAAUUUGACAUUGAAUUUGGACUGUGUCUAUACCAGUGGAAUCAAAUCAAGGGCCACUGAAAGCAUUGGUCAGUUUCAUUGGCCUGUCCCAUUUGCUGUUUAAAGGGCUGGAGCCCAAAUGUUUUGUCCUAGUAUUUCUCAAUCUUUGCUAUUCGGACUGUUUGUAUGCAACAUAUGACAAACUAAAGAAGCCAAAUCUAUGUCAUUUCUGAUUUCAUCGUAUUUCUCCCUCCUUGCCUCUCCCCCUCACCCUUCCCCCCAAAAAAGAGCUCAUGAGUGCAUGGAUUUAAAAGAUGGCAAACAAACCAGUGUUCUUCAUAUUCAGUCUCCAAAUUGGUUCCAUUCUUAUUUAAAGCACCGAAUUUAUUUUAAAGUAUGGGGAAAUAUCCCCUUGAUUGGUGGUGACUGAAUCAUAGGCCCUCAUCUACAUGUAUCCUUAGCACCUUUUCUAGAUAUGACCAGGCAGAAUGUACCAGGGAGAAAACACUGAAUGAAACAAUUGGAAAGGUUUGACACAUGCAGGCACACUUGGUAAACCAACGAUGUAAUGAAGCGUUGUGUAAGCAAAAGCACUGGACUGGGCCUCAUUGUGACCUUGAGCAACUUGCUGAACCUGUCUGGACUCCAGUUUCCUUGUCUAUAAAAUGAGGGAGCUGGGCUAGGUGAAUUCAUAGGUCCAUUUCAGCCCUAACAUAAUAUGAAUUUAUAAAAGGCAAAUUUUUCAUUUAUUAGGGGUCAGUGUUGAUAACCAGUCUGUAUAAUUAAGCUUGAAACUGCAGCUUUUUCCUUUAGUCUGUGUCUGUGCUCAUUGAGAUCAUCAUUCAGAUAGCAGAGAUCUGGAGCCUUUCAGUUAAAAACACUGAAACUUUGGAAAAAUAUAAGUGAUGGUAGUAGAAGUAGAUUUGGUUAUUUUGAGUGGCAGAAAACGGCUUCGGUCUCAGCCCUCUACCUGCCUUUGCAUAUAGAGAUAUGGCCAUUAUUUUAGAGUUUUUUGUGUUUAUUUUUUUUAUCUUGAGUUAUCUGGACAAUUGCCUUAAUUCCACUUCACUUUGGAUGUGUAGAUACAACUUAAUCUUUGUAAUUGUGAAACGUUUGCUAAGUUUUAAGUAAAAUGAGAGAAACUUCUUUCACAGAGAAAUCAUCAGAAACCAAGCACACUGAACUCUAGUAUGUUUAUGUGAAGGUUUAUGCUUUUAAUUUACUUUUACUGCCAUUGGCUUCUUAGAUAGGUUUGUUUCCUUUUAUACAACUAGGAAAUAAUGUAUGUUUCCUCAAUUUUGCAUACACUGUAGUUCUUGAUUAUUUGUCCUCGUAAAGGGGAUGAGCAUGGGUGUAAAUCAGCGAAGUUUAUGGGUGAUCUUAUUAUCUUAACAGAGACAGAGCAGGGCUGUGGUCUCAUUCUGGUUGAGCAGAGUGAUAACUGGGUGGCCAGAAGAAGUUCUUGAUAGAAGAUGAUGCAAAGAGUAUAGCUGGCGUGAGCAGGACGCAUAGAUGGUCAGUGUUUGACUGUAACGGUGUGGUAGUUGGAUGAGCAAACACCACACCUGCAACAACGGGCACAGUUAAGGGAAACAACAAAAGAAGUGUUUGCCUGCAUGCUCUUUUAAUGUCACAUCCUUAUCUUCAUCUGUCUUAAGGUGGAAAUCCAUUUGCAUAUAAAUACCUGUAAACAACUUAAAAAUAAUAAAUGGUUAUUGCUUUGUGAUGACUGACA